AUGGGAGAAGGAAUAUUAAUCCAUCAAACAUCUUAUAUAAAGUUGACAGAUAGAGGUCAUAAAGAAAAAUUUAUAACUGUUUGGUGUCCUAAUGAUCAAAUGGCACUUUUUAUUAAUAAGGAUAUAAAAUUAACAAUGAAGCAAAAAUUAUUGAAAAAACUGGUGAAGAGAAGGAGAAACUUUGUUAAAAAACUUAGAAAAUUCUUCAACAAACCGAAACCUGAAGAUGAUAUGGAUUUCUGUUGUUACGGCAAUUAG